AAGUCAAGCUGGAGUUUUUUAUUCCAUGUCUCUGAGGUUCUCUGUGAACCCAAGUCACUUCCCUUAUUUGUGAAAGGCUUCAUACAAAGCUUUUCUUCUACUCCUGGACUGGAUUUCAUACUCAUUUCCCUCCUGCGAAAAGAAAACAGAGGCCUGAAUGUUUAUUAGAGCCGUGAAGCCAUGUUGGUUUUUUUCAUCUUCUCUUCCUUUUUUUUUUUCUUUUUCUGUGCACACACAGUGUGGCUGAAACAGCCGCUGGUGACUAUCAACAGAGCAGAGAGCAAUGUAAACCUGGAGGAUGCCGGACCUCGUCUCCUGCUCCCGGUGACCAUAUAAAGUUAGACGUGUCUUGACUGAUCACAAACACGGUGGACUUGCCAAAAAUGCGUUCAAGAUCACUCGCUGCCUUGCUCCUACAGUACAUUGUCAUACACACACACACACACACACACACACACACACACACACACACACACACACACCAUGUGAGUUUGAUUGCUUGCCUCUGAAGACGAAAAAACACUCCACAUUGUUUCUCGACGUCUCCGGCGUGUGACCCUGUUCUCCCCCCUUCUCCUGGCCGUCAUGGGUGUUUUGUCCACACAGGAAACAUUAACCUCUUCCUGCAUUAACCGGUCACUCAUACAAGCUGCUCUAAAAUCAGCCUCCUUUUUUUUUUUCUUCAACCCCAAGAGGUCAGCUGCUUCAAGUCAAAGUUAAAGUGAAGGUCAGGUCGCCAGUCACAGAGGGAAUCCUGGGAGAAAUAUAUAAUCCAUGACAAGUUUCUGAUGGUGAUGUUUGAGUGUUAUUUUUUUUCAUUUUAAUUUUUCUUUGUCUAACACAUCCAGUGAGCCACACGGGAGGGUGCAGGAAAGGACCCUGCCCCCACAGCACAUAAAAAAAACUCCUGCCUAACAAGAACAAUCUGUUUGCAGGCCGGAGAGCUCAGACACUCUGGGGAAACUGAAGGGGGGAGGACAGGCAGAGGAGGGAUUUGUCCUCAUGGUUUAAGACUUUCUUUUUUCUUUUCUUUUUUUUUUUGCACUAUCCAGACAAACCUCCGGCCUGAAAUCUGAAACUGGAGAAGUGGUGUGGUACUCUCUCUCUCUCUCUCUCUCUCUCUCUCUCUCUCUCUCUCAGUUCACUUUUUCCAGAGUGGUUUAGGUGAAUCCAACUGAAACGCUUCUUCUUCUGCUACAGUGGCUGAUCCCGAGGGGAAACGAUGCUCCCGAUGUUGGCCCUUCGUCAGACCGGUCUGUGUGUGGUGUUUUGCAUCAGCGGUGGUUUGGCCGCACCGCUACCUUUUUACAGUUCUCUGGAGGGAAGUGCAGAUGAGGAAGACCUCGGCAACUUCACUUCCUCUCUGUCGACCAGCUACCCUCUCUCUGACCACCAGACCACACCUGUUGGCCCCACGCAUGUGGAAAGUGACUUUCUGAGUCAGAUUGUGAACUUUCUGGAGGUGAACAUGCUCCUCAUCCUUGUUGCAGCUACUCUGAUCCUUCUCAUCUUCCUUAUUAUCUGCGGGGCGAUAUUCAUGAGCCGCAGGCGAAAGGUCAACUCUUACUACCCCUCGUCCUUCCCCUCAAAAAUGUACGUGGACCACAGGGACAAGACCGGAGGUGCAAAGCCUUUUAAUGAAGUGCCAGGAAAACCAGCUCCUGAGCAGGAAAGUGAACCAGUGGACUCUCACAAGCAGCUCCAGGCCGACAUCAUGAGGGCCGCCAAGAGCCUGCGCACGCCAAAUAAAUCUGUUGAUGCAGCAGAGGGGAGGGAGAAGAGUCAGAAAGUAGCAGACCACAGUCCUGAAGACGACUGUAAGCCAUGUGGCAGCAUCCUGGAUCAGCAGCUGCCAAGUUUCCCGGAGGAGAAGGAACCAUGUGAGCUGUCCGACAAUGAGGAGACUACAGCAAGAGGCAGAACGGAGCCGAGUUCUUCAGGGCAGCCUCGUGCAGAGGAAGACGUUUCAGAGCAGCCUCGUCCAAUGGAGGACGAUUCAGAGCAGCAUCGUCCAGAGGAGGACGAUUCAGAGCAGCCUCGUCCAGAGGAAGUCGAUUCAAAGCAGCCUCCUCCAGAGAAGGGUGAUUCAGAGCAGCCUCGUCCAGAGGAAGUCGAUUCAGAGCAGGCUCAUCCAAUGGAGGACGAUUCAGAGCAGCCUCGUCCAGAGGAGGACGAUUCAGAGCAGCCUCGUCCAGAGGAAGUCGAUUCAGAGCAGCCUCGUCCAGUGGAGGAUGAUUCAGAGCAUCCUCGUCCAGUGGAGGAUGAUUCAGAGCAGCUUCAUCCAGACAAAGAUGAUUCACGGGAGCCUUUGAUUGGCAGGAGUCUCCGACCCUCCUCUCUGCAUAUUCACAAUGACUCCGCAACACUUCAGCUGAUCGCAGGAGAGAAGACGGCCUUCUGACGCCUCUGAACACUGUGACUUGACUGUAUUCUCCACCAGUGGCAAUCUGUCCAGUAAACUUCAAAAAAUAUCUACAGAUUUACAGAAAGACAUUGAAGUUCUGAUCAUUUAAUAAUCUUUUUUUGUUCAGUGCAGGAAAGAUGCUUUUCUACAAUGGGAUCUAUCCAUGUGGCAGUUUAUAAACAUGGAUUGCUGUCUUUAAUAUCUGCUACAAACAUUCUCACCCUUUAUGGGGUUAUUUUUUUCUGCAUGGGGCCCCAGUCACCUUGUACCUUGAACAUUUAAUAUUGACAACUUUCUGCUGUUUAUGAUUGAACCACUUUUUAAUAUCAGUUUUGGUUUUAUGUAAUUUCAGCUAAAGGGAUGAUGGAUGCUCAGUUCAAUGACCUCACCUUGUCGUUGUCAGAAAUGCAUUUCAUUGAGGUGAUCCGCUUCCAUAACCAUCAUAUUAUUAAUUGUACUUCAUUAUCAAAUUAAAUACACACUUUCAGGA